GGCAGGCGGCCAUGCGUACGUAGCCCCAGAGCGUGCUCAGCUCCAGAGCGAGGUACCGUUUGUGCCCACUACAAAAGAGGAAUGCACCCCGGGACACUUUCGCUACCUCGAGAGGAAUGCCAUGCUCACUCCGCCCAGCAUUGAGAUCCAAAGUCGAGCUCCCUGCAAAGUACCGUUGUACACGCACUCGCACAUCGUCCGAUAGUUUUGCCAGCCAAUUGCGCGCACGUCCGAGAGCUCCAGUCCCCUGUACGGUACCAACGAAGCCACUUUAGCGUCUCCACAGCCAAAUAACAGCUGAAGGUAUGUCCUCAUGCGUCCCCCUCUCGGCCCAGUGGUAGCUUCCCGAAACCAUGCCGUGCCAACCCCCUCUCCUGCCCCCUCUUCUCCCACCCUUCUUUUACUUCCCCUCUUUGCCCGUCAUCUUCCAUCUUCUUCCCCUCUCCCCAUCCGUCUCUUCCUGUCCCAAUCUCUGGUAUCUCACACUCUCGACCUACCACAGCAACCCAACAUAGACAACAAGUCGAACGAUAUCCAAGUCCGGACAAGUCGUACCAUCUUGUCCUCAAAACCCCGCAGCCGCAGCUACAUCACAUCCAACCUCGCCACCCAACAUGACGGAACCAUUGUCCAAGGUCGACUCCGCGGUCCAGGGCCUGUCCUCGUCUCCCCCGAAAGCGGUUAAGGGCAACCGGAGACAGAGCUCAGUGGCCGCCAGCGGCGUCUUCAACAUCAAGGACCUCGAGGAGGAGGGAACGGAGAUCACGAUCGCCAAGGAAACCCAAAAGACAGGGUGGAAGAUCAACACGUCGCCAUCGACAGUGGAGGACAAGGAGCUACUGAAGAAGCUCCUCACCACGCCGCCAAUCAAGAAGAUUGACCUGCACUUCCCUCUCGGCCUCGAGGUCACUGCACGCAACCUCAAGGGCGUCACCAUCAAGGAUGCGCUAGACGCCAUCUACAAGUCAUACAAGAAGCGGGCCGACGACGAGCUCGACCAACCAUACCUGGCCGGCUUCGAGUGGGACAAGGAGGAGUCCUGGACACGGUUCAUCGUGCAUCUUUCCAAGGAUAGCACUGGGGAGCGAAACAUCGGCGGCGGCAAGAAGAAGAAGAAGAACGCCACUGAGGAGUAGAUGACAGUGCUACGCUCGGUAGUUGCCGUGACGCCGAAGUAGGGUGGAUUGACGACAACGCUUGGUGCCCCAACAGCAGCACAAAAACCGAGCUUCAUUCUAUGGCGCUGCCUCUCCCAUUCUUACCCUGGCCUUGGAGUUGGCAUGGACCAAUCCAAACCACCCAAAUCAGUUCAACAAUCAAACUAUUCCAGAGAUCAACUGUUCCAGGGAGAUGCACUUGCAAUGAAUCCCGUGCUUGACGAGACCGAUGCUUGAUUUUGUUGUUUUGGU